UGUCACAGGGGAGCCCUUUGUGACACCCCACUGCUGGCCCUGUGGUCAGUGUCCAGCUGGACAGGGAGAGAAGAGGAUAGUUUGGGAAUACAGAGCUGGCCAGGAGCCUCUACACACAAGCUCCAGAGUUUCCCUGCUUCUUCAGCAGCCCCGUGGUGCUGAGGAUUUUCACAAACGAUUCUUAUUUCCCCUUUCUCCACUACCAGACUUUUCUUUUCUACCAAAGCAUGGAGAGGAGAGCCCCGAGCCAGCCCAGGGUGGCCUGGGAGGAGGACGGGGGUCCCCAGGAAAGCAGCUCCCCAGUGGAGCCCUACGAGGUGACAAUGGUGCAGCCCCUGCAGACGGAUGCCGCUGGGUUAGCUGUGUGUGAGGAGGAGCAGGAAGCCAUGGCAUUCAUCCAGACCUUUGUCAGGCUCUCUUGCCCGAUGCAGGAUGACAAGCUGCAGUUCCUGGAGAGCAUCCGCAGCCUGUGCAGGAGCGCCACGAACCGUGGCUCGUUAGCAGGCCUGGAGUGCUUCUGCCGCAGACAUGAGCUGGCAGAGAAGGUCGAGGCGCUGCUGAGCGAGGAGCCCCAGAAGCAGAUGCGCACAGAGCUGCAGCUGCUUGCCAUGCUGGCCAUCACCCAACUGAGGUACCUGCUUGUGCCUCUGAGGGACGCUCUGUGUCCACCUGCACAAGGCCCUGAGAUGCUGCUGCCAUCACCAGUAUCCAACUGGAACCUCUCUCUCUGCAGCUCUGUGCUGCCCGAGCUGCUGGACAACACACAGCUGAUCAGCUCCUGCUUUCGGAGUGUUCUUCUUCUUCCUCCAGAAGAGGAAGUGACGGGCCUGGAGGCUUCUCUCUACACUCAGACCGUGGAUGCCAUGGACAUCAUGCUGAAGGCUGUGGUGCUCAGAUCUGGCGAGGUGCUGCAGGACGUCUUGGAGGUGCUGCUCACCUUCACCAGCUCUGAGAGAGCCGUUGUGCGGGAGAGGGCCUUGCAGAGGAUUUGCAGCCUGAGCCAUUGGCUGGCCAGCUGUUCCACUCUGGAGGCUGGUCAAGAUGAGGAUAGAGAUGAUGCCUGUGGAAAGAUCCAGAUCCCAGUCCUUGGGAAGUUGUUUGGACGUCUCAUCCUCAUGGCAUUUGAGGAAGAAAAGACCAACCAUGUGGCUCUGGAUGCUCUCUACGCCCUCCUCAAUUUCAUCUGUCAGCAGCAACGUGUGACACUGCCAGAGGACAAUGCACAGCUCCAAGCCCACUGGGAAGAUGGGAUCAGCUCCUCACUUCAUUCUCCUAAUGCCAAGGACUUCAUCGAGGCUGUUGGAAAAUACCUGGGACCUUCUGAGAGGACACACAUCAUCCUCUCAACCAUUACGAUGUUCCGCUACUCAUCUCCCUGCAAUCAUCAGGUGGCUCUCAGCAUGCUGGAGGUGAUUGGGAGAGACCCUGACUGGUGGCUGAUGGAUGUGCCAAAAAUCGUGAGCCACAUCUACCACACUGGGUUGGUCACGGACAUCCAAGUCCAGCACACCCUCCACUGCCUGCUUCUCUUGGUGGCUGACAGGAGUCCUGGGCAGGUGGUCACAACACUGCUGCAGAUCGCCCCACGAGGAGAUAGGAAUGCCCUCAGUUUGUGGGAGGUGAUGUUCUCGGUGCCCCAGACGGUAGAGAAGGUCUUGAAGGAGCUUCGUGUCCAACUCCAGGACCUGAAGAAUGGCAUUUUCCGCACCUUUCCUGAAAACGACUGCCUCUCUUACUUGGCUCUGCUGGCCUCCGAAGAUGUGCAAGAGGAGGAAUUCGCUCCAUUGUACAAAACCUGCAGGUUUCUGCUGUAUUCAGCCAACAGCACAGACAGAGAGAUAACCUCCCUGCUGCUCAGGGCCCUCAUCACACUGUCCAACAGAGAUGACAGGGCGAGAAAAAUGAAGGUCCUGCUGCCAGACCUGAUGAACCUGUUGCGGCAGAACUGCACGUCUCUGGUGAUGAUGGCCCUGAUGGUCCUCCAGAACAUGAUGAAGUGCUUGAAGAGGACCGAAGCCAGUUCCAUUGCUGCAGAUGUGGCGAGGAUACUCUGGUACCACUUUGAUGAGGAGGAAAGCUGGGUGCGGGAGAGCUGCAUCAGCUCCUUCAGAGACCUGGUGAGGACAGUGGUGGGGAAGGAGAAGAAGUGGAUGAAGAACUUCGUGCACACUGUCCUGGCCCCGCUCAUCCUUCGCAUGAACGACGAGGCCCCCAAAGUGGGCCAGGCCUCCAGGAAUGCCCUCCUUGCCAUCGCAGAGCUCCUCAAGUGGAAGGAGAUGAAGCAUGUGGUGAAGACACGGCAGACCUGGAAGAUGGCUGAGUGCUUGAUGAAAAAAGACAGCAGCAGGGCUGAGCAGUACCUUCUUCAGAGCCUGAAGUACCUGAAGGACCCUCAGGAAUGCGUGCGAGACUCGACUAUCAGGUUCAUUGGGACCAUCAUGCGGCAUGUCAAGGACCAAAGCACGGAGGUGCCUGCUCUGAUUGUCAGAGAACUUCAGGCCUUGGAGAAAGGUGGCUGUGAAUUCAUCUGUUGCCUGGCAGCUCAGACCAGCUUGAUCCUGAGCAGGCUGAGGGAGCAGCAAUCACCAGCAGGGUCCCGAUGCUCUCUGUGGUGCUGGCACCGCUGAGCUGGGGGCCUCUUGUGUCCAGAGUGGCACAUUCAGGCCAGACUGAUCAGGAACACCCUCCCACUGAUUCACAAGGUGCAGAAAGGACUCCUGACUUCCUGAGGUUCUUCUCAGAGAAGGCUCUGCGUGUGGUUGGAUCCAGGCUUGGUCACAGCACUUCGUCAUACAUCAUUGAACCUGGACAUCACUUUGUUCUAA